CUCUCUUUUCUCUGAACUCCCGACCAAUGACUAUGAUUUCCCUUUGAACUCCCGCCCUUGCACUCAAAUCCCCAGUAGUCCCAAUCUAGGGUUAGGGUUACGAUUAGCUUUUCUCCGAUGGACGGCGAGGAGCGCCGGCAGGAGCGCAUCACACUGGCUGUUAUCUCCACCCUCGCCGGCCUCGCUCUUGUGUCACUCUUCGUUGCUUUCGCUUACUACUGCCACAUUCGCUCCAAGCUCUCCCGCCUCCGCCGCCGGAACGACCAUGGCUGCAAGAAUGGGAAUGCUGAGAAGAUGGAGCAUGGGAAUGGGUCCGUCGGCGGCGGAGGAGGUGAAGAGGUGCAAGUGGUGGUGGGAGAGAAGGCGGGUGUGCAGGUUUUCAGCUACAAGCAGCUCCAUUCGGCCACGGGUGGGUUUGGGAAAGGUAAUGUCGUCGGGCAUGGUGCUUUCGGAUCGGUGUACAGAGGAGUCUUGCCUGAUGGACGGAAGAUCGCGGUCAAGCUUAUGGAUCGAGCUGGGAAGCAGGGCGAAGAGGAGUUCAAGAUGGAGGUGGAGUUGUUGACCAGGUUGAGGUCCCCGUAUUUGCUUGGAUUGAUUGGCUAUUGCUCGGAUGGGAGUCAUAGGCUGUUGGUGUAUGAGUUCAUGGCCAAUGGUGGUUUGCAGGAGCACCUCUAUCCUACUGGAGGUUCUCGUGCUGGUGUUUCAAAGUUGGACUGGGAGACAAGAAUGAAAAUAGCUCUUGAAGCUGCAAAAGGUCUAGAAUACCUGCAUGAACAUGUCAAUCCACCUGUUAUCCACAGAGACUUUAAGAGCAGCAACAUCCUCCUAGACAAGAACUUCCAUGCCAAAGUCUCAGAUUUUGGCUUGGCCAAGCUUGGAUCGGACAAAGCUGGAGGUCAUGUUUCCACAAGAGUUUUAGGCACUCAAGGAUAUGUAGCCCCAGAGUAUGCAUUGACUGGUCACUUGACAACGAAAUCUGAUGUUUAUAGCUAUGGAGUUGUCCUCUUGGAGCUGCUUACAGGUAGGGUUCCUGUAGACAUGAAAAGGCCUCCUGGUGAAGGCGUUCUUGUAUCUUGGGCUCUACCUCGGCUUACCGACAGAGAAAAGGUGGUCCAGAUCAUGGAUCCAGCAAUUGAAGGUCAGUAUUCAAUGAAGGAUGUUGUUCAGGUGGCUGCCAUUGCUGCCAUGUGCGUCCAACCAGAAGCCGAUUACAGGCCUCUUAUGGCAGACGUUGUCCAGUCCCUGGUCCCACUAGUCAAGCACAAAUCAACUGCCAAGAUUGGCAGUUGCUCCAGCCUUCACUCUCCUAAACCUCCGGUAACACCUGAAUGACAACCCUUUUACCAUUUAUCAUUACCGGACAAGCCUUGUACUACAUAAAUAUCUAUCUGCAACUAAUGCAAGACAAAGUGAAAGCGAUUAUGUAAUGCCCAUUCUGUGAACAAUGCUUGGUUGUUUUUUCCCACUGAUUUAGCUGAUCUAGGACAAAGAAAACUUUGUGUUUUUUUUGGUGCAAGAACAAAGACAUGGAAGUUAAGCCUGGAGGGCAGCAGCAACAAGGAAGCUCAGUGUCCAGUCUGCAUCUGAAAAUCCAGUAAGGCAGGCAGGCCAACCUGCUCCAUGUGGACUCCUCUGGUUUCUCUUGUUAUCUUGUUUGUUUGUCUCCCCUCCUAAUCAAUCUCUCACUGUUUCUUUGUACUUAUUCAAGGGGGCAAGAGAGUUUGUCAUUAAACUCAAGCUUGCAAACUCCUCCUCAAAAGAUACGGUCUUCUCUAAACUCAAUAUAAUUCAUAUUUUUAUUC